AUGAUGUGCCGGGGCACCCGCAGCCUCCUCCGGCACCCGCAGCGGGUCCUGCGCGCCUGGGCGCCUCUGCUGGGCGCGGGCAUCGGCCGGGCGCAUUCGGGGCGCUCGGCUGCUGCUCCUCCUUCCCGGCCGCUGCGGGUGCUGGUGGACAUGGACGGGGUGCUGGCCGACUUCGAGGGGGGGUUCUUGGAGAAGUACCGCGCCCGGUACCCGGACCUGCCCUACAUCGCGCUGGACGAGCGGCGGGGCUUCUGGGUCUCGGAGCAAUACGGGAAGCUCCAGCCUGGACUGAGCGAAAAGGCUAUCAGUAUUUGGGAAUCCAAGAACUUUUUCAUGGAGCUCAACCCUCUGCCAGGGGCUGUGGAAGCUCUGAAGGAGAUGGCAGAAUUAGAAGCGACUGAAGUCUUCAUAUGCACGAGUCCCAUCAAGAAGUAUCGCUACUGCCCGUAUGAAAAGUUCGCUUGGAUAGAGAAGCAUUUCGGACACGAAUUUUUGGAGCACGUGAUUCUCACCCGGGAUAAGACCAUCGUCUCUGGACAUGUACUGAUUGAUGACAGGCCUGAUAUCUUAGGAGUGGAACGGAGUCCCACCUGGGAGCACGUGCUUUUCACCGCCUGCCACAACAAGCAUCUGCAGCUCCCACCUUCUUGCCACCGGUUGCACUCGUGGGCUGAUGAUUGGAAGGCCAUCUUGGAAAGCAAGCGAACUUGCUGAAGCUUGGAGAGUUCUCAGCAAGGCCAGCAAAGAGCGGGUCUGGUUGCCUGUGGCUAUUUUCUCGAGUUUCUGGCCAGAAGAAGAAGAAG